UACAACAAUCGACGACAACUUUGGUGGUUUCAGUUGUCAUUUGAAUUUCUAAUUGUAUAGGAUCAUGGAUCAUUGUCCCACGAGCAGUUCUUAAAUUCUGUUAAAUCACAAUUUACAUCGCAUGGCCACUCAGUUUACCAAGAACAAGCAACCCUCCAUGCCUCCACUAGAAACUUUCCAUAUAUCCGAUGAAUUCAUAAUUUCAUUCCAAUUGUACGACGCAACGCGGAUGAAGCGGAUGACUAUAUAAAGGCAUGCGGCGCGGCCUAAACCUAAUCCAACCUCUUGCUAAACGGCAGGCGUGUACCCUGCAGCCAGGGAGCCGGGGGGCAUGGCGGCGGCGCAGUGCGGCGAGGGCAAGGCGGCGGACUGCAAGAAGACGCCAUGGACGGAGAAGGAGGACGAGGCGCUGCGGCGGGCGGUGCGGGAGCACGGGCGGCAGAACUGGGCGGCCAUCGCGGGCGCGGUGGCCGGGCGCGGCGCCAAGUCGUGCCGGCUGCGGUGGUGCCAGCACCUGGCGCCGGAGCUGGACAGCCGCCCCUUCACGCCCGAGGAGGACGCGCGCAUCGUCGAGCUGCAGGGCGUGCACGGCAACAAGUGGGCCACCAUCGCGCGCUUCCUCCACGGCCGGUCCGACAACGCCGUCAAGAACCGCUGGAACUCGGCGCUCCGCAAGAUGCAUCAGCAGGGCUACUACCCCGCCGCCGUUGCCGCCGCCGCGGAGGACGACGCCGAGGACACCGACGGCCAGGCGGCGGAGGCCGUGGUGUGCCUCGAUCUGUUCCCACUCAGGGCUCGGGCGAUGGGGGAGGCCACUGCGGCAGAUCGGUUGGUUGUACGUGAGGAGGAGGUGGAGGGGGAGGGCGACGUGGCGGUGGAGCCGAUCGGCCUCGGCCUGAAGCUGGGGUCGCCGGGGCUGAGCGAUGCGGAGCUGGAGCUGAGCCUGGGGCCCGUGCGGCCAUCGUCGUCGAAUCGUGGAGAAGCGGCUUCCUUUCGGCUGUGUCUUUGAUGGUUUGAUAUCGAUUUCGUCGUUAGCCAUUGCAGAUUGCACCGGGCGUGGAAUUUUAAGAGGACGAACUAGCAAAGUUUGUGUCUCUGUGAGGAAUUAAAAUUCCACUUUACUCUCUAAUUCUCGCUUGGUUCUGCUCAUCAUACCUGCAAACAACAGGAUUACUGAUCCCGAGGCAAAACUCCUACCUGUCCGGUUCUA